AGAAGUUGGCAUGUUGCAGCAUAUAUACGGCUACAGGAGACCUGGGUUGAGUAGAGUCGUCUACGUUCCUGCUUCCCACCAUGCGCGUUGAACAAGGGUUCCAGAUUCCCCCUUACGAGGAGGGAAACUCGUACACCACUGACCCGGUACUGCAAUCUUUGCUGAAGCGGAUACUUCCAGAUGAAAUAUUCCGCGAGCUGGAGCCUGACCUCGUGCGCCUGGGCGACGACAUCAACACAGUUAUACGUGAUAUUCACCGUAGAGGUGAAGUCAGCGACCCCACACUCGUUCAGUAUGACCAAUGGGGACGCCGGGUCGACCGCCUCCAAACGAGCGAGGGUUGGCGCAAGCUGAAGGCCAUCGCGCAGAAGGAGGGCCUGCCUGCUCUCUUCUACGAGCGCAAACAUGGCGAGUUCAGUCGCGUCGAUGGCUUCGCCCGCGUGCUCAUGAUGACUGGCGACAUGCAUACGAUCUUCUGCCCCAUCAGCAUGACGGAUGGCUGCGCAAGAGUCAUUGAGCUCAUGGGCACCCCGGCAAUGAAGAAGGAUAUUUUCCCUCGCUUGAUCAGCCGCAAUCCAGAGCAUGCCUUCACUGCAGGCCAGUGGAUGACAGAGCGUCCCGGUGGCUCCGACGUCUCCCAAACGGAGACCGUAGCGACUUCGACAGGUAGAGCUCACGAAUAUGGCCCAGCAUACACCCUCGAUGGCUUUAAAUGGUUCUCGAGCGCCACCGACAGCGAUGUUGCCCUGGCUCUCGGUCGCAGCGGCCCUGCGAGCAGCGGCUCCCGCGGACUCUCCCUCUUCCUAGUCCCGCUUCGCAAGCCUUUGCUCGGCGAUCCAGCUGUCUCGCCCAUCAGCAACAACAUCUUCGUUCACCGUCUUAAGAACAAGUUCGGCACGAAGGCGCUGCCGACAGCAGAACUUUCCCUCGAAGGGACGGAGGGCUACCGCGUAGGACCUGAGAACCAGGGCGUCAAGCUCAUCACGCCGGUGCUGAACAUCACCCGCGUCUGGUCCGCCGUACACUCCGUCAGCGCCCUCCGCCGGAGCCUCUUCAUCGCCACCUCCUACGCCAAAGUGCGCAAGAUCCGCGGCGGCGCCCAGCUCCUGCAGGAUACGCCCCUCCAUGUUGCGCAGCUCGCCAGCCUCCACCUUACCUAUCGCGCGCUGACGCACUUCUCCUUCGGCGUCGUGCACCUGCUAGGAAAGAGCGAGUACGGGACGGCGAGCACGGAGGAGCGGCACUUGCUGCGAAUCAUGACGCCCACGGUGAAGGCGUUUGCGACGGAGAAGGCGGUGCCGGCAAUUGCGGACGCGAUGUCCGCCCUGGGUGGGAACGGUUAUAUGGAGGAAAAUGAUAUCCCGAGAUUGCUGAGGGACGCUAUGGUCGAGAGGAUCUGGGAGGGCACCACCACUGUACUGUCGCUUGACCUUGCGCGCGCGAUGAAGGGAGAUGCUGUCGGGGUGUUCAGAACGUGGGCCCAUUCAGUGCUGCAAGCCGUGCCGCCGUCAGUGAAAGAGAAGAUCGCAAAUGAAAUCCAGGUGUUGAAUGCCUGCAUCAACGAGCUCAGCGAUUGCUUCGCUGCCCAAACAACGACGCCUCUCGUACCGCGGCCCGCACUGAUGCUCAUGGGUUGUACGCUGUCGGCGCUCUUCCUGAUCGAGCACGCUCGCUGGUCUGUCAGCACCAACCAGCCCGAAGCCGAUCUUGACACGGAAGUCGUCUCUCGCUGGGCGCGAGAGAGCGGCGCCAACGCGUACCUUCGAGAGCUCAAGGAUGCCAGGGUUGACGGGCAGCGGAGAACGACAUAUGAUCGGGCGUUGGUCUUCGGUUCUGGGGGAACGCUAAAGUUAUAGCCUGGUUGCGGGAAUCAGGGAAUAUAUAGCUGACGUGCAUUUGCCGUAUUCAGGAAGGAUGCGAAAGCGAGUUUCCAUUGGCAUAUUGGUACACUAAUAGUACAGCGUGUCUUGUACAUCUUCAUGAAUUCGACUAUGCUGGCACGAUAUGGCAUCCCAGCAUGCCCCUCCCGCC